UAUGGAUUUGUCCGCAACGGUGUCUCAAACCCGUGUUUGGAUAAUCUGAACCGCGAAGUGAAUAAGACACACAACUUGGGACUGUAUGUGUGCGCACCGGACAGACCGGCCGAUGUCUGGACGAACCCCAAACUCAUUGAAUCACAUGUGAAACGCUUCUUGGACGCCAUCAUCGAGAGUGUGUCGACCAGUGUUACGGUCGAUGGCCAGAGGUUUACGGCCGCCUUCACACUAAUGCACCGUUUGGUGGCCUGUAUUGGGCGCCGGUAUUUGCCGACAGAAGUCCUGUGGUUAUCAAAACUGGUCGAGUGGUGCGAACGCCAGCGGCCCGAAGACACCAAGUCGUGGCCGACGCGAGCGAUGCUACUGUUGUGGCUCUCGAUAGCCGUCAAAACGCCAUUCAAUCUGAAGAAGUUUGACUCAAAAGCAGACACAACGACCGCUCAGAAGACAUUAGUGGAGCCGAUCUAUGCGCUGAUCGAUCGGUAUUUGAAAGCGACCGAUAAGAGCAGGGAUUCGGCCGCCGUAUUGGCCGCACAUUUCUUCGCCCGACCCGAUAUUGUGGACCAAUUAUUGGAUCGUUUUAUGAGCGAAUCGUUGCCCCAAUUGAGCACUAGUUUUGGUCACGUGAUGGCUGUGGAAGUGCUGUUGAAAGUGGCCGAUCGCCAGAACAUCAGUCCGUUCGCCGAACGGGUGAUCGAAGUGAGCGCCCGAAUGGACACAACGGGUCGCGAACUGAUGACCAAAUGGAAAGUCAAACUCAUCGGCCGAUCGGCGCUGUCUUUGAUGAGACCCCGAAUCGCCAAGUGGCGGUACAGACGCGGCAGACGUCAGUUGUCUCAGAAUAUAUCGCUUCAGAUGGCGGACCAAAAGCCGGCCGCCAUUCAGUCAACGCAUGAAAAUACUGUUGAAGAUCUGGAGGACGACUGCGAUUACAGUGAUAUACCGGAACAGUUGGAAGUGAUAAUUGACUCCUUGUUGAAUGCCUUACACCACGAGAACAUAAUAGUCCGCUGGUCUUCGGCUAAGUAUUUGGCGCGACUCACGAACCGAUUGCCCAAAGAAAUGGCCGCCGAAGUGGUCGACAGUGUUCUACAGCUGUGCGAAUGGAAAGACUCGGACUCUUCAUCGCACGGCUGUUGCCUCGCGUUAGCCGAACUCACCCGCAGAGGCCUUAUACUGACGGAUCAAUCGCCACAAGUGGUAGACGUUGUGCAGAAAGCGUUGCUUUUUGACGAAUUGAAAGACACAUUUUCCAUCGGAUCCAACGUGAGAGACGCGGCGUGUUAUGUGUGUUGGUCUCUCUCGCGUGCGUACGACUCGCUAGUGAUUCAACAGUUUGUACACCGAUUGGCGCCGACUCUGGUAUGUGUCGUGUGUUUUGACCGUCAAGUGAACUACCGAAGAGCCGCCUUCGCAGCCAUUCAAGAGUUUGUCGGCCGAACGCAAGUGUUUCCACACGGACUGGAAGUGUUGCUGUUGACUGACUUUCACGCGUUGGCCACAAGAAGUCACUGUUAUUUAGACAUAGCCUUCAAAUUGGCACAAAAGCCAGAGUUCGGCGAUUGUCUGAUCCAACAUCUGGUAGACAAAUGCCAGCACUUGGACAGAGAAGUGCGCGAAUUAGUGUCGCAAUCGCUGGGAUUGCUGUCCACUGUCAUCGAUAUGAACCCCUAUUUACCACAAUUACUCGCAAAGAGCUUAGCAAUGGAUCUGAACUCAAGACACGGCUCUAUACUAGCGAUCGGUCACAUCAUUGGCAGUGUUGGCGACAAAAUUAGUCCAGGAUUGAGGGAACAAAUGGAAUCAAUUGCUGUGACUUUGAAUGAGAAGAAACUCUUGCGAGGAAUCGGCGGAGGGUUUAUGAAACAGGCGUUGAAUGUAUUGAUAGAGAAGUGUUCAUCGGUUUCGCUGUCAAUCAGUAGCGAAUCCAACAUGACUGACGUCUGGAUUGAUAUCAUUUGUGAUGCGAUUGUCAGCGAAGACCGGAAGAAUCGCGGCGACGCUGUGGUAGCGCUUCCAGUGUUUUGCUAUCGAUAUCUACGCCAUCGACACGAACUCAAGACUAAAGACUUGAGAGCCGAUGUCGGCGGUAACGUCCGGUUGGCCGCCAUCGCCGGCUCCCUAUCGUUCAUCAAUGAGGCCACUGAUGGCCAAGUGAUCGAUAUCUUAAAACUGAUGACAACUCAAUGGGUAAGCGUUUGGCAAAAAGAGAGACACAAAGCCUUCGAUGUGUUUAAAGGGAUAGUCUUCGGCCAACAAUUGGCUCAAGUCGACAGACAAUUAAUGGAAACUCUAUUUGAAAGCACCGAUGACGAGAAGGCUGACCACUGGCGGCCAUUCGUACGACUAUUAGACGUCCAGUUGUUUACGCAUAACGCGUGGAAGGGUUUAGCGAAGAGUGUCUCGAAUCCGACCAAAACUUAUGUCCGAAAUCUACUCAAAUCAAUGGACGGCCGGAUAUUCAACACUUUCCUGGAUCUGUACGAAAAGGCCGACCAGAGCGCCGACAACCUGUCUCUCCAUUGCAUCCAUUGUUCGCACUUUCUGUUGACUUCGUGUCGAACUGAUCCGAACUUCAAGCAUCGGGUGUUGGCCCAGACGUGGACAGCGGACGGCCGAACGCGUGACUGUCAGCAACUGAUCGGCGCCGUCGACGUGUUCCGCGCCGGCGUUUAG